GGAGUUGUGUCUUUGUUCGGACAGAUGUAGCGACAACAUCCCACACAAAACGCGCUUAUUUGUGCUGAGAUGAGCCCGUCUGCCUUCUGUGUGUCGGCAUUCAACUUCACUAAACAAAAGGGGCUGCAUGGGAAAACAUCUUGGAUUACCUUUUACUCUUUUCAACGCUAAAAAGCAACAAGCAACCCCCCCCCUACCCCCACCCCGCACACAUUCACACAGCAAUUCAAUGCUUUGAGUUAACUAACAAAGUUUACUUAAGUGUUGUUAUGUUAUUGGGGUCGUAAGUGGGGGCAUUAGUGACGUUUUGAUAUUGAACUACUGGUACUUGGAAUAACAAUUAUACCUUUACAUUCAGGGCCUAGUGACACUAUUCAUUUCUCAUGUGACUCACAGGGUAGUUUGAUUUAUUGAAAGAAGUAUGUGUGUUAAAAUAUAUAUUUAAGUUGUAUUCGUUUGCCAAUUUCAUAUUUUUAAUUAAUCGCUAACUUUUUUACAUUUCUUUUUAAAUUAUAAAACGAAAAUAUCGUUAUAGUCAAGCAAACGCAACGCUUCACAGCAUUACCUGCAUGAUGCUAGGAAAGUAUUGACAUGUAUGUGUUAUUAUUGCAUAUGAAAUACUAAAUAUGUACUUUGCAUUGACUCAUCCAGGCAGAUUCAGGGUGAGUGCGUUUCUCAGGGCACAACAAACCACGCCCCUUUAUGCUAAUUAGAGCCUCCCAUUGGUGUGUCAGGGGAGCCAGCCGGCUGUGAUUGGCCAGGUCGAGGCCAUUUAUUUGCUGACAGCCGCGUCACUUGAAUGGUUGUCUAUUAACUUGUUCCAAAACUAUCUGGACUUGUCAGGGCUCGGGCGUACAGGGAAGAAAAAGUCGAGUUUGUUGAUGCUUUUUUGCGUCGAGAGAAGAAGUUUUGUGGACACAGCUUAGCGGGGACCUUUUUUGGGAGAAGGCGCUCCGUGUGUGGCUGUCGAACACACACUCACCGAGCGGGAGAGAGAGAGAGAGGGGACGAGUGUGUGUUUGUGUGUGCGUGUGUGUGUGGAGGCUCGGCUUGUUGUUUUUUUUGAGGGGGGGCCAGAGAAAAAGUUACAGAGAGAAUCGACAGGUAACUUUUUUUGGCAGAUCUUCACCUAGCCUUGUCCUGUUGGACUUUGUGUGUGUGUUCGAUUUCACCUGCUUUGGGAGCGCGCACCGACAAAGCUGUUCCUGAUGUAUAACAUGAUGGAGACAGAACUGAAGCCCCCAGCCCCCCAAACCAACACGGGGGGCACGGGCAACACCAACACGUCCGGAACCGGCGCCAACCAGAAAAACAGUCCGGAGCGGGUCAAGAGACCCAUGAACGCCUUCAUGGUGUGGUCCCGGGGGCAGAGGAGGAAGAUGGCGCAGGAGAACCCCAAAAUGCACAACUCGGAGAUAAGCAAGAGACUCGGCGCCGAGUGGAAACUUCUGUCGGAGAGCGAGAAGAGACCUUUCAUCGAUGAGGCGAAGAGGCUGCGGGCCCUGCACAUGAAGGAGCAUCCUGACUACAAGUACCGGCCCCGGCGGAAGACCAAGACCCUCAUGAAAAAGGACAAGUACACCUUGCCGGGUGGGCUGCUGGCCCCUGGUGGGAACGGGAUGGGCACCGGGGUCGGUGUUGGUGUCGGGGCCGGGCUGGGCGGCGGGGUGAACCAGCGCAUGGACAGUUACGCCGCUCACAUGAACGGCUGGACCAACGGGGGGUACGGCAUGAUGCAGGACCAGCUGAGCUACCAGCACCCCGGACUGAAUGCGCACAACCCCAGCCAGAUGCAGUCCAUGCACCGCUACGACAUGAGCGCCCUGCAGUACAACACCAUGACCAGCUCCCAGAGCUACAUGAACGGCUCUCCGACCUACUCCAUGUCCUAUUCCCAGCAGACCACACCGGGCAUGACCGCCCUGGGCUCCAUGGGGCCCUCAUCGGUGGUCAAAUCCGAGUCCAGCAGCUCCAGUCCGCCUAUCGUCACCUCGUCCUCCCACCGGGCCGCCCCCGGGUGCCAAAGCGGGGAUCUGAGGGACAUGAUCAGCAUGUACCUGCCAGGGGCGGAGGUCAGCGAGCAGACGGCCCAGACCAGACUACACAUGUCCGGCCACUACCAGAGCACCGUGCCCGGGACGACGAUCAACGGCACGCUGCCAUUAACACACAUGAAGCUGUAGAGGAACGGUGUGGGAGAUGCCCUCUUCACUGCUGGAUGAAGUUUGGAAGACGAGAAACUGGGAGUCGCAAUCAAAUGUUUUAUUAUUGCAAUCACAUUUUGUACAGUAUUUAUCAAAGAAACAUUACAAUCAGAUGAAAUUGUUAAACGGCAAGAGGUUGCAUCGUUUUUUUCUCCUUCUUUUAUAUAUAUAAAUAUAUAUAAAUAACUAAGCCAGCUUUGCAGAAAAUAUAAGAAUGAUGCAGAACUAUUGGAGCGAUCAGUUAUGCUCGUUUUUACUGCAUACUUUGGAAAGAAAAGGGACAUGAAACGAAACAGGUAAUACUGUUUUUUUUUCUUUUAAAUUAAGGUCAAUAUUACUAAAAGGUUUUAAUUUCCCCCCUGCUCAUACAUCUUCAAGGUUAAUUUAUAUUCCCGUCUCCCACUUCUCAUCUGUUUGAGGUAUGACGCUUGUGCUCUUUAUUUUCUAUUUGAUUUGUACAAUUUCUGUAUAUUUACUGUGAUAUUUUAUGUUUUUAUCUCAGAAUUCAUUCCUGUAGUUGUAUUUAAAAAAAAACACAAAAAACACAGUGGCCUGUACGCAGAAGCCAACCACUAUGUAUAUACUGAAACUAAUACCAUCCUUAUAACAGCUACAAUUUCAACUGAGUAUAUUUUUUUUCCAAUAUGCAGUUUGAAAAGAAUAAAUUUUGGAAAUUUGGAUACUUGAAAUGUUUUGAGUUUUGAUUUUAUUUAUGUGUUUCCAUUGUGUGUGUGUAUGUGUGUGUGAUCACAUGUUGAGUUGUCACCUUUAUUUAAGGGCUGAAUGUUAAUGUUUUAUUCUAUACAAGACCCAUUCUCUGCAUUUUGAAUGGAUUUGGAGCGUUUACAACCACUCCUGGUGGGGCUCAGUGUCCAUUUAAAAUUCAAAAUAGUUGCUUGCUUUUGUGCUUCGUGGGUUAACCACGUUUUUA